AUGUCUGACCCAGACGAAAAGAAAUCGCCCGUCAAGGUGGGUGAGCGCAUCAAUUGGGAAAAUGACGACGAGAAUCUGCGACCAUCACGCCGCCGUGACCGAUCACCUCGAGAUCGCAGUCACCCUCGCUCUCGAGGCUCGCUCAGUAUCCAUCGAGCAAGUUCCAUGAGCCGUGGUGAUCCCAAUCUGGCUUUGCCCAUUACCUACCGUACUGUCUCCUUUACCAUCGAAGAGUCCAAAGGCAAGGACCAGGCUGAGCUUGCCAAGGCCAGAGAUACAGCUACCAAAGCCCUGACGGAUCUCGAAUGGCACACUCUGCCCACGAUCGAUGUUGAGAAACGACUCACCACCUCAAUUACCGACGGUCUUUCAAGCGAUCAAGCCAAAAGACGACAGGCAGAAUACGGAAGAAAUGCUCCAUCACCAGCCAAAACACACUGGUUCAGAACCAUCUUCUUGUAUUUCUUUGGUGGCUUCGGCAGCAUUCUUCUUACCGGUUGUAUCCUUGUCUUCAUUUCUUGGAAGCCUUUGGGAGACCCUCCCGCUGUCGCCAACCUGGCCCUCGCCAUAGUCCUUCUAGCGGUUUUCUUUAUUCAGGCCCUGUUCAACAUGUUCCAAGACUGGUCUACCUCACGCACAAUGUCCUCGAUCAAGGAGAUGCUACCCGAAGAGGGUGACAUAAUCCGCGACGGCCAGCUGAUUCAUCUCAGUGCCGCUGAUGUUGUUCCAGGGGACGUGGUACGAGUCAAAGCUGGCAACAAGCUCCCAGCUGAUAUGCGCAUUGUUCAAGCCUCAUCAGAUCUCAAGUUCGAUCGAUCUGUUCUUACAGGAGAGUCAAAGCCAGUAGCUGGUACUGUUGAUCAUACAGACACCAACUACCUUGAGACUCACAACAUCGGCCUGCAGGGUACGCACUGCAUCCUUGGCUCGUGCGUUGGUAUUGUAGUUGCUACGGGUGAUCGGACUGUCUUUGGUCGCAUUGCGAGCCUCACAAACGAACCAAAGGUUAAGAUGACGACCCUCGAGAAGGAGGUCUUCUACUUUGUUAUCAUAAUUGCUAGCAUUAUGAUCGUCAUGAUUACCCUCGUUUGUGUUAUCUGGGCAACAUUCUUGAGAAAGGAACAUCCCGACUUCAUCAAUGUUCCUACUCUCAUAGUCAACUGUGUUAGUGUGGCUAUUGCUUUCAUUCCCGAAGGUCUCCCUAUCUCUAUCACUGCUGGUCUGACUAUCACCGCAAACUUGAUGAAAAAGAACAAGAUUCUUUGCAAGUCACUCAAGACUGUCGAAACCUUGGGUUCCGUCUCUGUUGUUUGUUCUGACAAAACUGGAACACUAACUACUGGUAAAAUGACCGUAUCUGACUGUGCCAUCGGCGGUCUUAACAUGACCACUGAAGAUGCUCGGUCAAAGAUGGGAUUGUCCAAGUCAACAGGGCAUCCCAUCUCCCAGCUAAGAGCUAUAUCAGCUCUUUGCAAUGCUUUGGAGUUUGACGCCGCCACCAUUGAGGCACCAUUAGCCGAGAGGAAGAUCUUUGGUGACGCUACUGACCAGGCCAUUCUUCGUUUCGCCGAGUUUGUUGAGACUAGUAGUGUCGCCUAUCUCCGCUCCUGUUGGCGAAAGACUUACGAUCUUGCCUUUAACAGCAAGAACAAGUUUAUGAUCCGUUGCUUUAGCUCUACCAGGCAUGAAGGCAUCUCACAAACUCUGAGCAAGGACACGAUGUUUGAUAUGAAUGACACACUCUUGACAAUUAAAGGAGCACCGGAUGUCCUUAUCGGUCGCUGCUCUUACUAUGUUUCCGAACAUAGUGAAACUUUGUCGUUGAACGCCGCGAUGCGAUCUCGACUUGAAGAGCUGAAGGAUCUCUACUCCAGUCAUGGAAAGCGAUGCUUAUUACUUGCUCGCAAGGUCAUCAAGGCUGGCAAUGUACCAACUGAUACUGAGAGCCAGGCUUAUGAGAAGGCUAUCGGUGACGAAUCCAAGUCUGGUCUUGUUUUGGUCGGACUCGUAGCGAUCGUGGAUCCACUGAGGGAAGACAUUCCCCAUGUUGUUAGUACAUUACGUGGCGCUGGAAUUAGGAUCGCUAUGGUUACUGGCGAUUUUGCACUUACUGCUUUGGCCAUUGCUCGAGAUGCUGGCAUCGUCACCGGACGCGUCGUGGACGAUAGCAAGGCCCUACAUCGGUUUGCUCCAGCAGAUCGCGUCGACGAUUCAGUCUCGAGUAAGGGCAAGGACGAUGGCAAGAUACACGCCGGUGCAAUCGUUCUUAGUGGCCCGGAGCUCAUGACGCUCAACGAGCACCAAUGGGAGAACCUGACAAGGUACGAAGAAAUUGUGUUUGCGCGAACCACGCCUGAACAAAAACUUCGAAUCGUCCGAGAGUUCCAACGUCAUAGCAUUGUCGCUAUGACAGGGGACGGUGUCAAUGAUGCCCCCUCCCUCAAGGCUGCAGAUGUUGGUAUCUCCAUGGGCAGCGGCUCUGACAUUGCAAUGGAGGCUGCCGAUAUGGUUCUCCUCGAUAGCUUCUCUUCUGUCGUUGUUGCUGUGCAGUAUGGUCGUGUUGUAUUUGAUAACCUCAAAAAGGUCAUCUCUUACCUCCUGCCUGCCGGCUCUUUCUCUGAAUUCUGGCCUGUUAUGGCCUUUGUCGCCUUUGGACUUCCCCAGGCUCUCUCAUCGUUCCUUAUGAUCAUUAUCUGUUGCUUCACUGAUUGUGCCGCUGCAACGAUGCUCUCGUACGAAAAACCUGAAGCAGACGUGCUCACCCGCCCACCCCGAAACAUCAAGAAGGAUCGUCUUGUCAACUGGCAACUUAUCGUGCAAUCAUACGGCAUCGUCGGCGUUCUGCAGACUGUGGCUUCAUUUGCCAUGUCAUUUUGGUACCUUGAACGUCAAGGCAUUCCAUUCAAUCAGCUCUGGUUCUCUUUCGGUCAGAUCCCUGACGGAAUCGACCCAGACUACUACCUGGCCAAGACCAACGAGGCUUCGUCCAUUUACUUUGUCAACCUCGUUGUUAUGCAGUGGUUCAAUCUGAUGGCAACACGGACACGUCGCCUCAGCAUUUUCCAACAUCCUCCCUUGUUCAACCGAAAUACACAGAAUUGGUAUUUGUUCCCAGCUAUUAUCUUUUCUCUCGCUAUGGCUAUAUUUUGGCUUUACAUCCCUCCUUUACAGCCUGUGCUUGGUACCACAUCUGUGCCUGUUGAGCACUGGUUCUUACCUUUCGCAUUUGGUAUGUUCCAGCUCCUCCUUGAUGAGGGUAGGAAGUUUGCUGUGAGAAGAUGGCCGAGCAACGUUUUGGGUAGAAUGGCCUGGUAA